UUUUAUGUGUUGAAUCAUUUUUUUAAAUGAAAACGAUUAAAUUAUAAAUAUUACUAAGUUAAAAACGAUAUAAAUUCCAAUUAUUAAUAAUUUAGAUUUUAUCACGAUUUUACAAAAGACAUUUGAUUACUCGUAAAACAAAAAUAAAAAUGGCUGACAAAUAAAAAAAACCCGUAAAUAAAAAGGAAGGAGAAGAAGGAGCAGAAGGAGAAGUAGAUGAAGAGGAGCAAAAAGGAUGCUGUGCUGUUUUUUGUGAAUAUAUAGCUGCUUGUUGUGCAGCUACAUAUAAAGUAAUAGUUUUUGUUUGCAGAGCUGUGCGUGAUUGCUUAGCAUUUAUUUGGUAUCCUUGCAAAGAAAGAUGUUGCAACUGUAUAGAUGAUUGUGAUAAAAAAAUGAAUCCUUGGAAGGAUCCUAGCUAUUCUCACGUAUGAACAAGAAUUGAAAAAACUAACAAAUAUAUGAAUGAAUUAUAGAUAGAUAGACAAAUUAAAUUUUCAAACAUUCAAGUAUUUAGCUAGAUUAAAAUGAUAUUUUUAUUUCGAAUUAUGAUAAAUCAUCUAAUUAAAUUGUAUAAUACACUUCUUAUAUUAAAAAUUAAUCUAUUUAUUUAUAUUAAAUAUGUAAUUUCAUUCUCUCUAAAAUUUUACUUUUAAGCCUUACUAAUUGAAAAA